UAUUGUAAUUAACAUCCUAAACAUGUCUUAUUUAAUGUGUUCGAAUAUUACGACGCUUUUGGACAACUGCACUCACGUUAACGUGUCACUUACUGAAUACAACACUUCAAUGAUAAAUACACUGAAUGCAGAAAGAUUUCGCCUUCUUAUACAUGCGUUUGUAUACAGUGUCUUUCUUAUGAUAGUGGGUAUUCCUGGAAAUAGUUUGGUUUUGUAUGUUUACUUCAUUAAAUGGAAGAAGAGUACUUCAAGAAUAUUUAUCCUAUUCCUUACCACGCAGGAUUUGAUAAAUUGUUUGACAACCAUACCGAUGGAACUUUACAUCAUGCGCUUCUCAAUAGUUCUAGACGAGCCGUGGUUGUGCAAAAUAUCGCGAUGUUCAACGUUCACAAUGAACAGUUCGUCUGCCGCUAUACUUGUCGCCAUAGCCGUUGACAGAUUCAGAAGAAUUUGUCGUCCCCAUGGACCACAGUUAAACACGAAAACAUCGAAGCGUAUAUGCAUUGGAUGUGUUUUGAUAGGCAUUUGCUUGUACGCAUGGCCGUCCGUAAUAUUUUACGGAACUAGAACGAUUACAGUUGGCGGUUACGUGGGGAAGUCGUGUCAGAUAAUGAAUCAAUAUGAUGGCUUGAUUUCUCCGAAAAUUUAUUUUUUGUUUCAAAUAUGCAGCACGGCAGUCAUAUUUAUUGUGCUCUCCGUAUUGUACUAUUUAGUGGGCGUGAUUGUGUACAAGCACAAGAAAAUGAGAAUGAAACGUAGUGAAGAAAGAAAUAAAGUGUUAGACAUGUUAAUCAAAGAAGACCGGUCACCAAACGAGCGCGUUACACGCGUUCACAUAAAUACUAAAGACGAAAUCCAUACAACACCGACUUCAAAUAUCAGGAAUCUUUCAACACAAAUCAACGAUUUGAAACAUGAAAAUUCUAAAGUGGACAGUGCCAUACACAUGCAACCAGAUUACAAGCAACGAAAGGAAAUUACUCAAUCUGACACACAGACCAAUUUGAAAUCAGUGUUGAGUUCGAAAUUGAAGAUUGGAGGUUCUACACUUAUGCUUUUCUUGAUAACGUUAGCUUAUGUUGUCAGUUUUCUUCCCUUCUUGGUUAUUGCCGUACUUCGUCAAACCGACAGUAAGUUUUUGAUGACGCUUAACGAAGCCGGUUAUGCAGUAUACCAAGUUUGCUUGAGAUCGUAUCUGCUUUCAUGUGCGAUUGAUCCAAUCAUAUAUUUGUUCUGCAAUGCACAAUUCCGAAAUUUCUGUCUCGAUGUGUUUAAAAGUCAAACAAACAGGAAAGUAUAAUGAUCAAACUUAUACGAGUACACUACAUCAAGCAUUAUUUCUAGUUAAAACAAUACCAUCUUGCAGGUUGUUGAAA